AUGGCCGAAAGUUUCGAGAGAAUGCACUUGGAUGUCGAGCAUUCCGAGGCCACGUGGAAGUUCACGUGGAAGGUCACAACUAGUGGAGGUGCUUCCGAAGGUCACGAGGGACGUGAACUCAACUCAAACAUGAGCCAUCUUUUUGUAGUUGACAACUUUUUUGUACAAUUUCUUGAGGCUUUGGAAUUGGAUUUGGUGUUGGCCAUGUGUGGUGCUGCUUGGUUGGAGUACUCAAAACCAUUCGGAGCUAAGAGAUUUGAAGAAGAGAUGAGAUGGAUCAUCCGAAAAGUUGAAGAACUCAAGAGAAACUUGGAUCAAAUGCCAUCUGACUCUGCAAAUUCUGCGAAUCUCUAUCAGCAAGUGCUGAACUCUUUGGAGACGUUCUGUCGGACCGUCCAGGACCAUCCGGAGUGUCUCGGGCGGAUCCCUUUUUUGGCAAGUUAUCGAUUCAUGCGAAUUUUCCUACUAGAACGGUUCCGGUUCAAUUAG